AUGGCCAUUCCGCCGGCCCAACAACGCCCUGCCUGGUCACCGGAAGUGGCUGGGCGCGGCUUUCGAACGUCGUGCCGGCGGGCCGACGUGGACACGGCGGCCAAGCUGGUGGGGGCGAGUUUCGCUACGAUCGGAGUCGCCGGUUCCGGUGUCGGCAUCGGGACGGUGUUUGGCUCGCUGAUGCUGGGCUACGCCCGGAAUCCGCCGCUGAAGCAGCAGAUCUUCUCGUACGCCAUCCUCGGUUUCGCGCUGUCCGAGGCGAUGGGCUUGUUCUGUCUGAUGAUGGCCUUCCUGAUGCUGUUUGCCUUCUAG